AUGUGUACGCACAAGUCCCGGGGCGGCGCCGGCGCCGGCCGGCGCGAGCCGCGACGCGCAGGCGCAGGCGCAGGCCCGCGCUCGCGCCGCCCCGCGCCGCUCCUCGACACUACCCUCGACUCUGUCGAAGAUCUGGGACAUGAUGGAAGACCAGUGGAGGUCCUCACUCCUGAAAAUAUCAACAGCGUCCAAGAGAAAGUUUUAAGUGAUCGCCGCCUAAAGAUCAGAGAAAUAGCAGCAAGACUAGGGCUUUCUAAGAGCACCGUCCACCGCAUAAUUCACGAUCAUCUUCACAUGAGUAAGAGCAAACGCGAGUCGAUGGAGUGGCGUUUUAAAAACGAAAAGCCCCCUAUUACAGAAAAGGUGCACCAGUCCACCAAAAAGCUGAUGUGCACAAUCUUUUGGGAUUGCCAUGGUAUCCUGAUGGUCGAUUUUAAAGAACGUAAUACCGUUAUAAAUGGCGCUUACUAUGCUUCUUUGAUCCAUAAAUUGCGGGCUAUAAAAGAAAAGAGACGAGGAAAACUAGCCAAAGGGGUACUGCUGCUACACGACAAUGCUCCCGUGCAUACCGCCUUCGUGGCCAAGGCUGCAGUUCGCGAGUGCGGGUUCACUGAGGUCGACCACCCCCCGUAUAGUCCGGACAUGGCUCCCAGUGACUACUUUUUAUUCCCAAACCUGAAGCGAGACUUGCGAGGAAAAAAAUUUUUUAAUGACGAAGAACUGGAGGCGGCCGUUUUAGGUCAUUUUGAAGACAAAACUUCAAGGUACUUUUAUAAAGGAAUACAGAUGCUUAUUCAAAGAUGUCAAAAGUGCGUUGACAUUAAAGGCGACUAUAUUGAAAAGUAA